UGCAGAUACAAGGACCUUAAGACCUCGAGGAGCUCCGCGCCAUCGGCGGUGUUCCCAGACCUCGAGCGCACUCCUCGAACGCAUACAUGCGGACCUUUGCCUGCGUCGGAACCGCCGCACAACGAGGUCUGCUCCAACACUCGACGGGGAGAGCCCGCGCUCGAGCGGUCAGCGUGUCUUUGUCGGCCCUUCUUGAGCCUUGUAUCACAGCACGUACAGUCCCCUCACUUGAUCGUCAUUUCCUAGCGCUGACGAGCCCCCAGGGACCUCUACAAUGUUCCCAAUUAUGCGGAACUCAAAUGCGACGCAUAUAUGCCGUCGGCGGCGCUCUUAUGCUACUUAGCAACUUAUGUCGCUCCUCGGGUUCGCUGACGACCGCCUUGUAUAUUGCCUCUGCUGCGUGCGCUACGGUCGCCAACUCGAUCCAAGCUUCUUCCUCGUGCUUUGUAUUGCUACUGAGGUGCGUCUACGAGUCCAUGCGCAUCGAACAGUGUCCUAACGCUCAGCCCAGCCGGGCUCCUAUCGUGCGCUCCACUGCAUCCUCAAUGUCGCCCGCGCUCUACCCGUCGACGGCGACUCUCGAUGCUCGACAAUGUCAAGAUUCAAGAGUACCCCCUCGUUGCUGGACCCGCCGUUCGCCCAGCGUCCCCCACUUCGUCGACGUCAAUCACUCCCUUUGGCGCCGAGGCCAAUCCUCGUCGAUGGCGCAUAUCAGGCGACGCCGGAGCGCCCGCUUGGCUUUCCCGGCCGCAUAUAUGCGCCGACAGUACUGCCCGUCGCCGUCGCCGCGCCGUUGAGGAUGCAGGCUGCGUCGUUGAGGUCGACUGUUGCGUUGCCGCGGCCGUCGGCUGAGCCGUCCAAGUCAUGGGCUGCGCUGUUGGGGUCGGGUCCAGUAUCGUUGCGAGCUACUGCCGCGCCAUUCAUGUUGA